AUGGCCAAAAACUUGAUCUUGUGGGGCAUUUUUCAGCGAAAUGAAAGUGCUUUUGAUCAAGCAGUGGCUGCUGGUGACCUCAUCCAGAAAGGCAGCAUGUACUUUUGGGCUGAAGUGGCCAGUGGCAGGAAGAAGACCCAAGGGACUGGCAUGAAGGCAGAUGGUGGUGAGGUGUCUUUGGAGGCAAAUGAGUUUGAUGCCCUGGGAACCUUCGUGGAGAGCAGACCAUUUGCCAAAUUUGGGCAACACUCAAGGGAUGCUGCAUUGGCAGUUGUUGGAGGGGCUUUCAACCCUUCUUCAAGUUCCCAGCCAGGAGAAGCUCCUCAGUUUCCCAUGCCUGGUGGACACAUGCCAGCACCAAAGGCCUUGAAGGCCAUUCAAGAUGCUCCCAGGCAGCAAGUCAUGUACAAGUGGACUGCUGUGGAAAAGCAGGUUGCUGAUGCCAAGUCAGCACAAGAAAGGCUGCUUCGAGAUUCUGGCAGGUAUGCCAGCAAGUUGAAAGCUACCAAAGAUGAGCAUUUUCCCAAUAUGUUGAAGGAAUGUGAGAUCCCUGGUGGCAUGGCCCAGAACAAUUGCAUGAAGUUCUUCAAGGACAUGGCUGAUGACACAGAGAAAGCCAAUCAGAUUUUGGAGCAAUUGAAAGCCUUGGUCAAAGCUCGAGGGCUCUAA